CUCACCUGCAGUUCCAACGGGCUCUAGGACAUCAGAGCCAUGUUCCUUGUUUUAGUGCUUCUCACGGGCCUUGGGAGACUGUACGCAGGCAACAAUCCUCGUAAAACCUUUGUGCAGACCACAGUUCCUGAAAGGAUUUCAUCAGUAGAUACAAGAAGACAUCUAGAACAUAAUGUUGCUUAUAACAUUACGCUAAAAGGAAAAUCAUAUGUUGUCCGUCUUAAAAAAGAGUCAUUUUUAUCUUCAGGUUCUGUGAUUUAUUUUUAUGACAACCGUGGUGUCCAACGUUCUCAGCCUUUGUUACCUGAGAUGGAUUGCAGUUACAGUGGCUAUGUCGCAGGCUUUCCACAUUCUCGUGUGGUAUUCGCGACUUGUUUGGGACUCAGGGGAGUAAUACAGUUCGAAAACGUCUCAUAUGCAAUUGAACCACUGGAGGUUUUAUCAGGAUUUACGCACAUGAUCUAUGAAGAAAACAACGAUAACACCCAUGUUCCUCUCUUUGGAAAAAAUAAUAGUUAUGCUCGAAUUCAUAAUUUAGAGAGUCAAGGGAGAAGGAGUGUACAUAAAACUACAGUUUCCAAGCUAUCCCCUCGAUACAUUGACAUGUAUAUCGUUGUGAAUAAAAAUCUGUUUGAUUAUUUGGGGUCUGACAUAAAGACUGUAACCCAGAAGAUUAUUCAGGUCAUUGGCCUCGUUAAUGCUAUGUUUACCCAAUUAAAACUGCAUGUUCUAAUAUCUUCCAUUGAAAUCUGGUCACGUUCAAACAAAGUCACAAACACACGGCGUCCUGAUGAUGAUUUAUUUAGGUUUUCAGAUUGGAAACGUAAACAUGUUAGUCUCAAAUCACAUUAUGUUGCAUACUUAUUAACUUUUGACAAGUAUCCCGAGUCUAUAGGAGCCACAUUUCCAGAGAAUAUAUGUAAUGAGGAGUAUGCUUCAGGAAUUGCUGUGUAUCCCGCCGGUUUAUCCCUGGAGUCAUUCGCUGUCAUUAUUGUGCAGUUGCUGAGCCUGAGUGCAGGAGUCAUGUAUGACACUUCUGACAGCUGCUACUGCUCAACAGAUGUUUGCACAAUGACACAAGAAGCAGUGUUUGCCAGUGGUUUAAAGGAUUUUAGCACUUGCAGCAUGGAUAACUUUAAAUAUUUUGCAUCACAAUAUGGCCUUACUUGUCUCAGGAACACUUCUUACGAUAUGCCAAUUUAUAAGCAGUUCCCACCAAGGCGACGGAGAAUCUGUGGCAAUUCAAUAAGGGAAGAAGGUGAAGAAUGUGAUUGUGGCACUCUACGUAAUUGUACACAUAAAAAGUGCUGUGAUCCCAUGCAAUGCAGGAUGAAAAAGGGUGCAAAAUGUGGCUCUGGACCAUGUUGUACAGUGGAUUGCCAGUUUCAGAAAGCCAAUGUACUUUGUAGGAAAUCAGUUGAUAAAGAUUGUGAUUUCGAUGAAUACUGCAAUGGACGAAGUGGGGACUGUGUACAUGAUACUUAUGCACAAAAUGGACACUUCUGUGACUCAGGUGGAGCCUUCUGUUUUAAUGGACGUUGUCGGACUCAUGACAGACAGUGUCAAGCAUUAAUAGGAGGCGAUUCUAGAGGUGCUCCUUUUGCUUGUUAUGAUGAAGUAAAUUCCAGAGGAGAUGUUUACGGAAACUGCGGCCGCCACCAAUGUUACAUUCAACAUGCUUUAUGUGGAAAAUUAGUUUGCACAUGGCCACACAAACAAUUAGUAUCACGUGUAAAUUUAUCUGUGGUUUAUGCACAUGUUCGAGACGAUAUAUGUGUAGCUACAACUAAAACAGUAAGGAAGAUAAUUAGGGACUUAUCACUAACUACAGUCCUUCUACCUGAAGACAGAGAUGAAACAUUUGUAGAAGAUGGUACCAUCUGUGGGCCUGGCCAGUAUUGUGACAAAUGGUUUUGUAAAGAAGUUCAGUUUAUUAACAAUGGAUCCUGCAAUGCUGAAAUUCACUGUCAAGGCCGUGGGAUUUGCAACAAUCUUGAUAAUUGUCACUGUCACAAAGGGUUUGUCCCUCCUGAAUGCGCACCGAAGAAAGGACAAUUUGGAAGUCUUGAUGAUGGCCAUUUGGUAGAAACAACAAAAACAAGUGGAUUUCGUAAAAUUAACAUGAGGAGAGGAUAUGUUGUUCUCUCAACAAAAAGAUUUCAACUCAUUUUCUACAUUGGUAUACCUGUGAUAAUUAUUGUUGCUGCUAUUUUAAUAAAGCAGAAUCAAUUGGGAAAGUUGUUCUGCAGAGGGGAAAAAGAGCACAUGAGUUCUGUGUCAGAAGAUGGAAGCAGGAGCGUCACGUUAUCUGCCACCGAAAGCAAGUUUCCAGCAGACACAGAACAUAGUAACAAAGAGGAAGAUGCACAAUAACCUUCUGAAGUGGCCGGA